GCAGUCUCAUUGACAGCGUGCAGAAAAUGAGGACACCGACCGAGGCUGGCUUUUUGCCCCCUGGUCUGCUGGAUUGGGCAUGCGAUGCGGAGAGCCAGUGUCUCGAGUUUGCAGCAUUUAUCGAUGCCAUUAAGGCGCUUCCCGCCGGUGCUUGGAAGGAACGAGACGCUGAAAAUAUCGACCCUGCAGAAAUCGCGAGGCACGCCCGGGAGCUCGCGCGGAUUUAUAGCCAAAUUAUAUAUUGUACGAAAAUCAAAGAAGAGGCCUCUACACCGGCUACCGAGGCGGAACACCGUCGCCCUAUAUACGCUAUGUUGGAUUUGUGCUGCACCCUUCCAGACAGCGGCGAUUCAUCUUUCACCCGGCUGAGACGCGAGAACACGAUCGAGUCUCCAAGGCCAGAGAUACAGAGCAUCUCGUUUUCGAUAAGGAUGAAAAGGUAUUGAUGCCGAAGUCCGCCGCCAAAUUCGAUGCUGCGCUCGUUUACACUCCCACAAAGAAGUGGUCGAAGGUAUUCC